AGGCUACAGGCACACACCAGGUGCUUUCAGGCGACUAUGGCUGUCCUAGAGGGACUUGCACAGAUCCCCAGUGCAUUUCCACUGCUGGUUGCUGUGCUGGUGUUGGUGUUUGUGUAUCUUCACUCCACGGGCGUAAGCAAGGCAGAAAAGGCAAACACACCUCCAGGGCCCAAACCUCUACCUGUUCUUGGCAACCUGCUGUUGUUAAACCUCAAAAAACCAUAUGAUUCUCUUUGCGAGCUCUCCAAGAAAUACGGUUCUAUCUUCACCCUUUACUUUGGUCCCAAGAAAGUGGUGGUCUUAGCGGGAUACAAGACAGUGAAGGAAGCACUUGUGAACCAUGCGGAGGAGUUUGGAGACAGGGACGUAGCACCCUUAUUCCAAUACCUUAAUAACAACCAUGGUAUUAUAUUUUCCAAUGGGGAGAACUGGAAAGAGAUGAGGCGUUUCGCCCUCACAAACCUCCGCAACUUUGGAAUGGGAAAAAGAAAGGGCGAGGAAAAAAUCAUAGAGGAAGCUCAACAUCUCAUGCGAGUGUUUGAAAGUUUUAAAGGUGUGCCGUUUGAUACGACACAGUCAGUGAACUACGCUGUCUCCAACAUCAUCUGCACUAUUGUCUAUGGGAGCAGAUUUGAGUAUGAUGAUGCACGGUUUAAGGCCAUGGUCAACAGAACCAACGAGAAUAUCCGGCUUGUUGGCUCUACAUCUGUGCAGCUCCACAGUAUGUUCCCCUGGAUGAAGGCACUACUCACUACUAUUCCACACGUCAUAAAGAAUGUCAGAGACAACCUUAGAGACAUUGACAGCUGCGUCAACAACGUGCGUGAGACGCUGAACCCACAGGACAGCCGUUGCUUUGUGGAUUCUUUUCUCAUCAACCAACAGAAUAAAGAGAAACUGGAGCAGAACGCUGGUCUGUUCAAUGAGAAGAACCUGCGGUUCUGUGUGGGAAACCUGUUUGCUGCGGGUACUGACACCACGGGCACCACAAUACGCUGGGGACUGUUGCUUAUGGCCAAGUACCCACACAUACAGGGGAGGGUCCAUGAGGAGAUUGACAGGGUGAUCGGUGGCAGACAGCCAUUGGUGGAGGACAGGAAGAGCCUUCCCUACACUGACGCAGUCAUCCACGAGAUACAGAGGAUAGCCAACAUCGUACCUCUAAAUCUUCCCCACAUCACUAGUCGCGACGUCCAUUUCCAAGGAUUCUUCAUAGAAAAGGGGACACCUGUUAUUCCUCUGCUCACGUCAGUGUUGAGGGAUGAGUCUGAAUGGGCCAAACCCUACACGUUCCACCCAGAACACUUCCUGGAUGACCAGGGACGCUUCGUCAGGAGAGAAGCUUUUCUUCCAUUUUCUGCAGGUCGCAGGGCGUGUCUGGGAGAGAGUCUGGCCAGGAUGGAACUUUUCCUCUUCUUCACCUCUCUCCUUCAACGCUUCCGUUUCACUGCGCCCCCUGGUGUCUCGGAGGACGAACUGGACCUCACGCCAGUGUUGGGACUCACACUCAACCCCUCUCCUCACAAGCUCUGUGCAGUGGGCCGCUCCUAAGUUGCUAAGGUUCUUUAAAGGUGCACUGUGUAGGAUGGUGAUGUACAGUAUCACUGUGAACAAAAACAAAACUGAGUCAUUUUGCUGUCAAUUCACUUUUUGGUUCUCUUAAAGAGGACUGAGUUUGGUUCACUUAAAGGGGUAUGCCACUAUUUUGGGGCUU